GGUGUUUAGUGUUUACCCGUUGCCACGAGACUGAUAACGCGAUAACUGGUUAGUGAGCAGUCCGCAGCACAUUCCAGAAGGUCGUGGUUCGCGGCCUCAGGCAGGAUUGUCCAGGCUGUGAGGCAUCAAGAUCCAGAUCACCUGGUUGGCUUAGGUAAUGGGCAGCGGCCAUCAAUGCUCUUUGCACGGUUGGAUCCUUGCCAACCUUCACGAUGCCUUGGUGUGUUCAAAGGCAACCAUGCUCCCAAGGUCAUGAUGGCAUCAGGAGCCUAUAUGGGUCUUUCUGUUUGGAAUGUGCCAUUCACUUAUAAUGCUUACAGGUUUACCAAGAUGGUAUGCCUGAAGACCAGAGCAUCGCUCUGUGACUCUUCUCAGACUCUACUCACUCCUACUCUACACCACACCCAUCGAAUGACAUGGCAGUCAACCACGGUCGUCGUGGGGAGACUGCACUCACUGCAGCUGGGCCCGUCCUGAGCAUGUUUCCCGAUCGGGACUAGCGUUGUUCCACGCUCGAUGCCGUCUUUAGCGACCAGGAUGGCUCUGACAUUUCUGACUCCUUCAUCCAUCAACAACGCGCGCGUC